AUGGCGCUGGCGACGGAGACAGCCAAGGAUGUGGCCGCGCUGACAGAGAAAAUGCGUCGCCUCGAGGCCGAGGCCGACGAACUGCAUCGGGAGGCACAGCGACUCAAUAAGCUACAGCAGUUUGCCGCCUCCAAGACCGCCUACAAGCAAUUCCGCGCCCGCGACGAUGAUGCCAUCGCUCUGGCGCUCGAGAUUGCAAACUUGGCAGCUCAGACGCGAGGCACGGGCAAGGAUCAGGAGGACGCUCUCUUGGCUGCCCGUGGUUUUUGCGCUCGACCUCAGCCUUACGCGUCCCUCCCCAAUGUCACGGAAGAGGAACAAGCCUCACUACGACAGCGGUUGCUCGGCGCCGUGCUGGGGGCGGUGGUUGGAGAUGCCGCGGCCACGGGGGUGCAAUGGGUAUAUGACCCAGAUGAACUGGCCGGAUACGAGGCACGGGUUCAGGCGCAAGGCGGUGUGGGAUUGGAGUAUUUGGAUCCACCUGCCAACGCGCACUUUGAAUAUGAGGUGGGGCGCAAUUCACCGUAUGGCGAGCAGGCCCUGCUUUUACUCAAGGCCCUGGCUGGCGAUGAAGGGCUGGACACGUGGAGCUAUGCGCAACGCUUUGCGGACCACUUUGGCGGAGACUGGCAUGUGCGUACGGGAGGCUACCGCGAUGCCUCUUGCAAGGGAUUCCUUCGCAACUAUGCCCUCGGGCUGCGGCCACCAGAGUCUGGCGCCAAGGACAAGCAGAUCAACUGCUGUGCGCGCCUGGCACCGUUGCUGCUGGCAUUUGCUGGCCACCCUGACCUGGACCAAAUUGUGGAGGCAUGCACCCGGGUGACGCAGAACCACGACGAAGCCGUGGCCUGGGCGCGCCUGAGCGCCCGUGUCUUGGAGGGUGUCGUCCGAGGUGCAGAUGUAGACCAGGCCGUCAAAGAGGCGCUGUUAGAUGCCCAGCGCUUGGAUGCUGAACUGGAUGAUCCUGCUUCUGAGGAACUGUAUCUGGUGGCUGGUCACCUCUACCAAGUGCGGACAUUGAGCUUCUCGAGUGAGAUUCCUGACGCCGUGGAGCGGCUUGGUAAAAACUGUCACACUCCAAACUCGUACCAGACCCCGGUGCACGCGGUCUUGUCCGUAUUACGCCGGCGCGCAGACUGCCUAUCACCGACGACAGAGUCGCUCGCGCCCGAGCGUGCACAGGCCCUGUUUGCUGAAUGCAUGCGCGGGGCCAUGCGAGAAGGUGGCUGUUGUGCGUCCCGUUGUGGUGUGGCCGGUGCUCUUUUGGGCGCCUAUCUCGCCGGGCGAUGCGGUUCUUUUGAGGAGUUCUUGCCCCCGAGCUGGCGCGCGCGCACUCUUGCCUAUGCAGCAGCCCGACGCUGGGCCCUACAAAUCGACGCUUUGCGUCACACUGCUCCGCGCUGA